AUGCCUGACGAGAAUCGGCGAACGAUUCGCCAUGUCCUGAACCAACACCACCUUACACAGCCGUCGGAAGCACAGGCAGUCCAUUCAUCUCGCCGCAUGCCUCUGGUCGAGAUUGACUACAACUCUACGCUGGUAUACGCGCUUGGGGCACUCUACCACGCGCCUUCCGAGAAAAUCCCAGACGUCCCUCCGCCAGAGUAUUCUGAAACAGCAAGGCAAAGUUCCUCAUGGGCUACCAAACUGAAUGUAGUCAUUCAAGUCGUCGGCAGUCGAGGCGAUGUGCAGCCCUUUGUCGCUCUGGGAAAAGAACUGACAAGACGGGGCCACCGCGUCCGCCUUGCAACCCACGACACCUUUGAUACCUUUGUGACAGGCUCAGGCCUCGAGUUCUUCCCAAUUGGUGGUGACCCAGCCGAACUCAUGGCCUACAUGGUCAAGAAUCCGGGCCUGAUUCCUAGCAUGAAAAGUCUCACGGCCGGCGAGAACCAGCGGAAGCGCCAUAUGAUCCGCGAGAUGCUCGAAAAGUGCUGGCAGUCAUGCCUUCAGCCGGAUCCCUUGACGGGCGAGCCCUUUGUAGCGGAUGCUAUUAUCGCGAAUCCGCCCAGCUUCGCACACGUCCACUGCGCGCAGGCGCUCGGCAUACCUGUGCAUUUAAUGUUCACCAUGCCCUGGAGCAGUACCACGGCUUUCCCACAUCCGCUCGCCAACCUCAAUAAUGUGGAUAGCGAUCGCAGACUGACUAAUUAUAUCUCCUUCAUUGUGGUCGAGUGGAUGACAUGGCAAGGACUCGGCGACGUUAUCAACAAGUGGCGAAAGUCUAUCGACCUAGAGGAAAUCGCCAUGUUUGAUGGACCCGCGUUGGCGGACACUCUCAAGAUACCGUUUACAUACUGUUGGUCACCUGCUUUGGUUCCCAAGCCGGCCGACUGGACUUCACACAUUGACGUCUCCGGUUUCUUCUUCCGCGAUGCGCCUCAGUUCACAGCACCGCCCGAACUCGCUCGGUUCCUCGAAUCCGGUCCUCCGCCAGUCUAUAUCGGGUUCGGCAGCAUCGUGUUGGACAACCCGAACGAGGUGACAUGGACCAUUCUCCACGCCGUCAGGACGGCUGGUGUCCGCGCCAUUAUCUCCAAGGGCUGGUCUGACCUUGCCGGUGAAGGAGACGAGAAUAUCUAUUGGGUAGGAGACUGUCCGCACGAAUGGCUCUUCCAGCAUGUGGCUGCCGUGGUACAUCACGGUGGCACGGCGACAACUGCGUGUGGGUUGCGUAACGGGAAGCCCACCGUCAUUGUGCCCUUCUUCGGGGACCAACCGUUUUGGGGCGACCUGGUGGCUAGAGCAGGCGCAGGUCGCAAUCCAAUCCCCCAUGCGAAGUUGACGGCAGAAAACCUCGCGGAAGCUAUUCGGUACUGCCUCUCGCCAAAGGCGUCCGCUGCCGCCGCGUCUCUCGCUGCCAAAAUGGAAUCCGAAGCCGGGGUGCAAACUGCCGUGCAAUCGUUCCAUCGUCAACUCCCCUUGGAAAGCAUCACGUGCGAUCUGAUCCCCGGUGAGCCCGCUGCGUGGCUGUACACCAAAGCGAAGCCGCCUCUCAAGCUGUCCAAGAUGGCGGCGGAGAUUUUGCUCACAAACCACAACUCGGCCAUUGCCAAGCACCUGAAGCCAUAUCAUAGCAAACCUAUCCACAUCCGAACGGAGCGAUGGGAUCCCAUUUCAGGCGGGGCUUCCUCGAUUGUGGGAACGGCAGUCGACAUCACCGGUUCGAUUACUGGUAUAGUCACCAAGCCAAUGGAAGAAUACAAGAACGAGCGCCAUCGACGGGCUCGGGAGUUCGAGACGCUCGGCACACCGACGCCAUCAACCGAGACGGCCCGAAGCGAGGAAACCAGUAUGAGCGACCGCGCAUCCGCAACGACUGUUCAGCGCAACAACCCAAAGUCUAGCUCUAUAGCAGGCAAGAUGGCCGGAGCAUCGGCCAAGAGCAUGGGCAAGAUGUGUUCUGCCACGAUCAAAGGCGGCCUAGUUGAUUUCCCACUGGCCAUCACCGAGGGGUUGAAAUCAGUACCUGGGUACCACAAUGGCGGUGUCCGCGACCAUGGGCCCGCGACCGGCUUCAGGAGUGGCAUGACCAUCGCGGGAAAGACGUUUGCCUGGGGCUUCAUCGAUGGCUUUGGCGACCUCGGCAUGCAGCCGUACAGGGACGCCAAGAAGGAGGGUGCUCUGGGGGCCGUCAUGGGAUUCGGCAAGGGGGUGGUGAACAUGAUUGGUGAACAUGAUAACCAAGACCAGCGCCGGCGUCCAACUGAUCGACGUUGA